AUGGUCCGAGAGAAGAUGAGCACACCAAUCCGACACAAACCCUCAGUGAAAGGAACUGAAGGGCUCCUAGCGAGGUGUAAGGCGAUGAACGAGCAGCAACUCUACGCUUCCUCCGCUGCUAUCACCUCCUUCCUCAUCUCCGAGGACGCGCGCAGCACCGAGGUCUACAUGGUCAACGCGGAAGCCCUGCAUGGCCUCGGGGAGUACCUGCGGGCAGCGGAGGUGUACAAGCAAGCUCACGAGUGCCUGUCGGAGGCAGAGCAGAAGGGGGAAGAAGGGGCGAAGGUGCUGCAGGCCAUGGCGGAGUGCUACGGGAAGGGGGACCAGCAGAGGAAGCAGCUGGCGACGCUGCUGAGCAUCCCGGAGGAGCUGAGGACGGUGCGGGUGCACGUCGAGAUAGCGAAGCUGCAGCAUCGGGCGGGGGCAGCAGACAAGGCGCUGUCGGCACUGAAGAGCGCGCUGGACGAUGCGCCGCUGGCGAUCGAGAUGAUCGAGGAGCUUGUGUGGGCGGGGCAGAGCGAGGAGGAGAUCAUGUCGCACUUCCGGUGCAUGGUCGAGAAGGGGUGGCUGCUGGACUUUAUCAGGGCGCGGGUGCAGCAUGCCAUGUACGACUACAAGGGGGCGCUGCAGAGCUACAAGCAGGUAGCGGAGGCGUUCCCGGAGAACCUGGAGGUGAUGUCGGGGAUGGCGACAUGCCAGCUGCACACGCGGGACGUGGUGGGGGCGACCAAGGCUUUCGAGCGGGUGCACGAGAAGGACCGGCACUACCUGGACAGGAUGGAGGAGUACGGGAGCGCGCUCAAGGCCACGGGGUCGUCGGCGAAGCUCAACAUCGUGGGGUACGAGCUGGUGAACGUGAGCCCGCAGAGACCGGAGGGAUGGAUCGUGUGCUCGAUGUACAUGGAGUGCCAGGAGGAGAAGGAGCUGGCGCUGGAGUACGCCGAGCGAGCCAUCCAGGUAGCGCCGAGGAGCAGCGCGGCGCUGAUCCAGCGAGGACGGAUCCAGCUGGAUGCGGAGAAGUACGACCUUGCGCUCAUGUCGUUCCGGGAGGCGCUGGGGAUAGCGAAGAGCAUCCAUGCGUACCAGGGGCUGGUGCGGGGAUACAUCGGGGCGAGGCGGGUGAAGGAGGCGAUCACGACGGCACGGGAGUCACUGCAGCAGAUGCCCAAGAACGCGCAGGCGUUCAAGCUGGUAGGGCUUGCCCUUGCGCAGCUGCCGGAGGGAGUCAGCAAGGCGAAGACGGCCUUCGAGCGGGCGAUCCAGCUGGAUCCCACGUGCCCGGAGUCAGUGCUGGAGCUGGUGGACAUACUGGAGGAGGAGAACAAGCUGCAGGAGAGCGUGGAGGUGAUGGAGCGCUUCGUGAGCAAGACAGAGUCAGACGUGGCGCAUUGCCGGCUAGGGGACUUGUACCUGAAGCUAGGGCGUUUCCAGAACGCGCUUGUGUCAUAUCACAACGCGCUGUCAGCGCAUCCGGGGAUGGAGGCGGCCACGAUAGGGCUAUCGAGGCUGGAGAAGGCGAUGAAGGGGAUCGAUCCGGACGGGGACGGGGAGCUUGAGAAGGAUUCAUACGACAGCAUGGGAACCCCAUCCACACCCCGCGGGAUGGACGUUAUGGACCGUUAA